AUGUGGCGGGCUCCAACAUCUGUUCAUUCUCGUUCCGAGCAAGCCCGUAAAGACAAUCACUGUUGCGUGCCAGUGUACAGAUCGUCGAAGCCUCACACGUCUGCUCCAGUUGGCUGUGGGUGGAAGCCGAAUUUGAAAUACACAGUGGUGUCAACCGACAUGAUCAAUAAAUGCGAGAGGAAAAAAGCUAUCCAGAAAUAUCCUACGGAUCCUUUUUUCUUCUUUGGAGAAGAAGCAUCAUGA